AUGGCUGGAUACAACGACCGGCAGAAAGUGUUACUGUUUCCAGACUUCUGCGAACCAACCUAUGGACGAUUGGUACAGUUGAUGAAGCCAUACAAAGAAGCAAAAUGGGAUGAAUUCAAAGAAGAGCUAGUAAGACAAUAUGCGUACAGCGACUCUGCCACCCGAACUGGAACCAGAGCAUUCCUGGCAAAAUUUGUCAAUGAAAGCCAUCAAAAAUCCUUGGAUUUCUCACUCUACUAUGCAACCUUCUCCACUUACUCAGAGGCUGCAGUGAAGAAUAAGCAAAUCAGUGAGGAGGAAGUAGGAUACUACUUCUUCCAAGGGCUAUGCUCGCAAGACCAGGAACGCAUGAUGUUUCUAAUGCCAGAGAAGGAUCGGCCAGUGGGAGAUCAAAUCAACACCUUCAAAUUCCAAGAGUUGUUUGCCUUUACCCAAAAGAUGCAUGUACAAAAGAUUGGAUUGCAGCAGUUCUCGCCAGAAGCUCAGAAAGUUGACGAACUGAGAGCAACUCAGUUAUUCAAAACAAUCAACUCUCCGCAAGGGAUAUCCCCUGCGAAGGAAUUGAUCAGAGCUUUACAGGAAGAAGAAGUGAAACGACAAAAACCAACCAAAUUGCCAAAAGGCGUGGAUCCAGAAGUAGAUAAGCUAGUUCAGGAUCUAGCUGAGUAA